AUGACGGAGAACGCUAUAACUGAGUUCUUGAAACUCUCUCCCUGUGGUUUCCCUUCAUUGACUAGGCUAUCUUUACAAGGAACGUUUUGUUUGACAGAUAAUGCGUUGGCUUUGGUAUCUAAAUCAACUCCUCUGCUUUGGGUUGUUAACCUCUUUGAAUGCUCGCUUCUCACUUUCCAAGCUGUUUGUAUUUUGCUUGGUGCCGUUCAUGGAAUCGUUGAGUCUCUGUUCAGAAGGUACACCGAGAACGGAAUGAGUGAAGAGCUGGCUUACAAGAACACAGUAGAAUGCAUCACAAGAACAAUCUCGAGGACCAUCUCUACUCAGGGAAUGUUGGCUGUCUACAACUCUUUGUCUGAAGAAGGCAAAAAGGAUUUCGAGACUGCAUACAGUGCAUCCUUCUAUCCUUGUAUGGAGAUUCUAUAUGAAUGUUACGAGGAUGUAGCUGCUGGUAGUGAGAUCAGGAGUGUUGUCUUAGCUGGUCGUCGCUUCUAUGAAGGCUUGCCUGCAUUCCCAAUGGGAAAGAUUGAUCAGACAAGAAUGUGGAAGGUUGGUGAACGUGUCAGGAAGUCAAGACCAGCUGGUGACUUAGGUCCGUUAUAUCCCUUCACUGCUGGAGUUUACGUUGCCCUUAUGAUGGCUCAGAUUGAGAUCUUGAGGAAGAAGGGUCACUCGUACUCAGAGAUCAUCAACGAGAGUGUGAUUGAGUCUGUUGAUUCUCUAAACCCGUUUAUGCAUGCUAGAGGAGUAUCCUUCAUGGUGGACAACUGCUCGACCACAGCGAAAUUGGGAUCAAGGAAAUGGGCACCGAGGUUCGACUACAACCUGACCCAACAAGCUUUGGUGGCUGUGGACAAUGGUGCACCAAUCAACAAAGACUUGAUCAGCAACUUCUUUGCUGAUCCAGUCCAUGGUGCUAUCGAGGUUUGUGCACAGCUCAGGCCUACCGUUGAUAUCUCUGUGCCUGAAGAUGCAGAUUUUGGAAUGUAA